AUGAAAGAAACAGCGGUACAGACUCAGCGGUACAGACUCAGCGGUACAGACUCUCAGCGGUACAGACUCUCAGCGGUACAGACUCUCAGCGGUACAGACUCUCAGCGGUACAGACUCACAGCGGUACAGACUCACAGCGGUACAGACUCACAGCGGUACAGACUCACAGCGGUACAGAGACUCAGCGGUACAGACUCUCAGCGGUACAGACUCUCAGCGGUACAGACUCACAGCGGUACAGAGACUCAGCGGUACAGACUCUCAGCGGUACAGACUCACAGCGGUACAGACUCACAGCGGUACAGACUCUCAGCGGUACAGACUCACAGCGGUACAGACUCACAGCGGUACAGACUCUCAGCGGUACAGACUCACAGCGGUACAGACUCACAGCGGUACAGACUCACAGCGGUACAGACUCACAGCGGUACAGAGACUCAGCGGUACAGACUCUCAGCGGUACAGACUCUCAGCGGUACAGACUCUCAGCGGUACAGACUCACAGCGGUACAGACUCUCAGCAGUACAGACUCAGCGGUACAGACUCACAGCGGUACAGAGACUCAGCGGUACAGACUCUCAGCGGUACAGACUCUCAGCGUUAGAGUUCUACAGUCUCCAGAGUUCUACAGUCUCCAGAGUUCUACAGUCUCCAGAGUUCUACAGUCUCCAGAGUUCUACAGUCUCCAGAGUCUCUACAGUCUCCAGAGUCUCUACAGUCUCCAGAGUCUCUACAGUCUCCAGAGUUCUACAGUCUCCAGAGUUCUACAGUCUCUAGAGUUCUACAGUCUCCAGAGUCUCUACAGUCUCCAGAGUCUCUACAGUCUCCAGAGUCUCCAGAGUUCUACAGUCUCUAGAGUUCUACAGUCUCUAGAGUUCUACAGUCUCCAGAGUCUCUACAGUCUCCAGAGUCUCUACAGUCUCCAGAGUCUCCACAGUCUCUACAGUCUCCAGAGUCUCUACAGUCUCCAGAGUUCUACAGUCUCCAGAGUUCUACAGUCUCCAAAGUUCUACAGUCUCCAGAGUCUCUACAGUCUCCAGAGUCUCUACAGUCUCCAGAGUCUCUACAGUCUCCAGAGUCUCUACAGUCUCCAGAGUUCUACAGUCUCCAGAGUCUCUACAGUCUCCAGAGUUCUACAGUCUCCAGAGUUCUACAGUCUCCAGAGUCUCUACAGUCUCCAGAGUUCUAAAAUCUCCAGAGUCUCUACAGUCUCCAGAGUCUCUACAGUCUCCAGAGUCUCUACAGUCUCCAGAGUCUCUACAGUCUCCAGAGUUCUACAGUCUCCAAAGUUCUACAGUCUCCAGAGUUCUACAGUAUCCAGAGUUCUACAGUCUCCAGAGUCUCUACAGUCUCCAGAGUUCUACAGUCUCCAGAGUUCUACAGUCUCCAGAGUUCUACAGUCUCCAGAGUUCUACAGUCUCCAGAGUCUCUACAGUCUCUACAGUCUCCAGAGUCUCUACAGUCUCCAGAGUUCUACAGUCUCCAGAGUCUCUACAGUCUCCAGAGUCUCUACAGUCUCCAGAGUUCUACAGUCUCCAGAGUUAUACAGUCUCCAGAGUUCUACAGUCUCCAGAGUUCUACAGUCUCCAGAGUUCUACAGUCUCCAGAGUUCUACAGUCUCCAGAGUUCUACAGUCUCCAGAGUUCUACAGUCUCCAGAGUUCUACAGUCUCCAGAGUCUCUACAGUCUCCAGAGUUCUACAGUCUCCAGAGUUCUACAGUCUCCAGAGUUCUACAGUCUCCAGAGUUCUACAGUCUCCAGAGUUCUACAGUCUCCAGAGUCUCUACAGUCUCCAGAGUUCUACAGUCUCCAGAGUUCUACAGUCUCCAGAGUCUCUACAGUCUCCAGAGUUCUACAAUCUCCAGAGUCUCUACAGUCUCCAGAGUCUCUACAGUCUCCAGAGUCUCUACAGUCUCCAAAGUUCUACAGUCUCCAAAGUUCUACAGUCUCCAGAGUUCUACAGUCUCCAGAGUUCUACAGUCUCCAGAGUCUCUACAGUCUCCAGAGUCUCUACAGUCUCCAGAGUUCUACAGUCUCCAGAGUUCUACAGUCUCCAGAGUCUCUACAGUCUCCAGAGUCUCUACAGUCUCCAGAGUUCUACAGUCUCCAGAGUCUCUACAGUCUCCAGAGUCUCUACAGUCUCCAGAGUCUCUACAGUCUCCAGAGUUCUACAGUCUCCAGAGUUCUACAGUCUCCAGAGUUCUACAGUCUCCAGAGUUCUACAGUCUCCAGAGUCUCUACAGUCUCCAGAGUCUCUACAGUCUCCAGAGUCUCUACAGUCUCCAGAGUCUCUACAGUCUCCAGAGUCUCUACAGUCUCCAGAGUCUCUACAGUCCAGAGUUCAAACAAAGUUGUGGUUCUUUGUCUGUGCUGAAUGUUGA